CCGGCCAGGCAGCCCACCUCCCUCCGUCCCCGAGCGCCGCCACCCCCGGCCGGGCAGGCGGCUCAGGGGGCUCCAUGGAGCCGGGCAGCAGCGGCAGCCCCGGAGCAGCCAAGCGGGGCAGAGGGCCUUCGGCAAUGAAGAAGACACACACUUCCCAGAUAGAGGUGAUCCCAUGCAAGAUCUGCGGUGACAAAUCCUCAGGGAUCCACUAUGGGGUCAUCACGUGUGAAGGCUGUAAGGGUUUCUUCCGGCGCAGCCAGCAAGGGAAUGUGACCUACUCCUGCACCCGGCAGCAGAACUGCCAGAUCGACCGCACCAGCCGCAACCGUUGCCAGCACUGCCGCCUGCAGAAAUGCCUCAGCCUCGGCAUGUCCCGGGAUGCCGUCAAAUUUGGCCGCAUGUCCAAGAAGCAGCGGGACAGCCUUCACGCCGAAGUACAAAAACAGCUGCAGCAGCAGGCCCAGGCGGGCGAGGCGGGGGCUUCGGCCUACUCCCUGGGAGUUGCCAACGGGCAGCUGAAGCUGGCCCCCUCCCCUGACCUGCUGGAGGCAUCGGCCUGCUCCACCGGCUUGCGGAACGGGCAGGCCCGCCUUAGCCAGUCCCCGGAGGAGACAAUGGCCCUGACCUACGCCAACGGGCUCGCCAAGGGCCACGGCCUCCUGAGCGAGGACCUGCCGGCUCCCUUCGCCAAAGAGUACAGCCCCGAGCGCAUCAAGAUGGAGGGCCGGGGGAGCGUCUAUUAUGCCCUGGGGACGCAGGCGUCGCCGGAGCUCUUGCGGACGGAGGUCAACGGGGCGAAGCGGCCGGCGGAGGGCGAGGUCGGGAGCGAGACCCUCGACUUCUACACGACCCCUAGCUUCACCAGCCUCUUGGAGUCUCCCAACUCUUCCCUGACCGAGAUUGAGCAUCUCACACAGAAUGUCCUCAAAUCCUACCGGGAGACCUGCCAGCUGCGUUUGGAGGACCUCCAGCUACGGCGCUGGGAAGUGUUCACGCGGGAAGAAGUCGGGAUCUACCAGAAAAAGUCGAUGGAGGAGAUGUGGGAGCGGUGCGCCUGCCGCAUCACCGAGGCCAUCCAGUACAUCGUGGAAUUCGCCAAGCGGAUGGGCGGCUUCAUGGACCUGUGCCAAAACGAUCAAAUCGUGCUUCUCAAAGCAGGUGCCAUGGAAGUGGUUUUGGUAAGAAUGUGCCGUGCCUUCAAUUCCGAGAACCGGACAGUCUUCUUCGAAGGCAAAUUUGCAGGCCCGGAGCUCUUCAAAUCCCUUGGAUGUAAUGAAUUGAUCAACUCCAUUUUCGACUUCGCUAGCAGUCUUUGUUCUCUGCACUUCUUCGAGAACGAAAUUGCCCUUUUCACGGCGCUGGUGCUCAUAAACUCAAAUCGUCCCUGGUUGCAGGAGAAGAGCAAGGUGGAGAGGCUGCAAAACAACCUGGAACUCGCCUUCAAGCACAUGCUGCGGAAGAACCAUCGGGAAGGCAUCUUGGCCAAGCUGCCCUCGAAAGCGAAACUUCGGACCCUCUGCCACCAGCACAUGGAGAAGCUGCGCUCUUUCCGCCAGAUGUACCCCAUCAUUGUCCACGCCGUCUUCCCCCCGCUCUACAAAGAGCUGUUCAGUUCAGACUGUGACCCACCCCAGGGGACGGCAGUGGAGUAACACCUCCCACCAAGAAAACAAGAGGAUGGCAGCACCCAAAGGUCUCUUCCCGUCUCUCUGCCUGCCUCCGGUCUGCAGCGUCGCCUUCCGAGGUCGACGCUAAAGAACACAGGGCGGGGGGGUGCGAGAGGGCAGGAGAAUCCGAGACCAAAAUCGAAAUCCUGCUUCUGUGCAUUCCUGUCCGAAGAGCGGGAUAAGGAGCAGGGGGGGCAGAGCUGAAUGCCUGGGGCGGGGGGCGGGUAGGGGGGGGUCCAUCCCAACUUCUGACACCAGUUUCGGUACGUCAACAUUGGACUCGCUUCGUGCCUGAAGACGAAGCGGGGCAAGCACGCGGUGCCCCGCCUCACAAGAACGGUACAUUGAGGGGUGCAAGCAACGCUGAUGAGACGCCGAGAGGUCAGGCACGGUUUGAAGCACAAAGUGUUAAUUAAACAAGGGUCUUGUGGCCAUGGGGUACUCCCGAGAGGAGGAAUUUUUCGGUUCCUUUUUUCUCUCCAUGACGUGGUCUCGUUGAAUGGGUGAAGUCCAGUUAGCUGCAGUUAAUCACAGCCAAAACGGCAGCUUGGAUAGUGCCAAAAAAAUACCUCAUUUUGCUGACGUAAGGGCAUGAGACUCAACCAGGCUGUUCUGUAUUCCCCCACCCCCAAAACCGAGUUUUUAAGAAGUAAUAUAUUAUAUAUAGAUAUAUAUAUUUUGUGGACAGAUGUGGUUCUAUAAGAUAGAUCUAUAUUUUUAAGUGUCUGGCCGCUUCAUUUGAAAACUGAGUUAUAAUUUCUCUUCUCUUUCUGCGUAUCAGCAAACUGACUUCUUAUAGGAGAUUCUAUCAGCCAGCAACUUCUGGGCAAUAAUAAUAAUAACAAUAACCGUGCUGCUUUUGCGUCGCAUAAGCAAGAAUGUAUUGGAUCCCCCCCUAGAUCUAGGUUCCUUGCGCCGGGGAAAGCACUGCUGUUAAUCAGAACUGAUCCAUGGGAUCUGACCCACUAAUUAAAAAUAACCAAAAGGCAAACUCUUAUUUUCGUUACUCUCGGACAAUCCCAUGCCAUGUUUGUAUGGCGGCUUCCAUCCUCACAGCCGCGGAUAUUAAGGUGAUAUUCCUCAGCUCUUUAUGCCAUUUGGGUCAGUCAAAAAAAAAAUGGCAAACAUGUGGGAACCAUUUUGUAAUCUUGGCUGUCGCCGUGGGUUACGACUGUAUCCAUGCUUUCAUCAAUAGAAUGUUGAUAAACAGCCCAGCUUCCAUGAGCGAAGUGAGAGGUCACGCCCUAAACUCUAAGGGAGUCUCGGCCAAGAUGAAUGGGCUGUUCUGUGGGUAGGAGGAGAAUAGAAUACCAAGGAAGCUAUUAGAAAUGGUUUGAACUCGCCGCCAUCCAAGUUUUUUAUUCUUUAAAAAACUCUUCCCUCUGCAGUGCAGUUAAGUUUAUAACUGCACGUUACAUUGCAUUAAUUUUAUGCCAAUUUAAUUGGCAUGGCUUCCCCCAAAAGAAUUCCAGGUAUUACAAUGUGCUGAGAAAUUAAAAACUCUUCUUUCUGGACAGGGAAAGUUAGAUUAUGCAAGCAAUCCCUUAUUGAUUACUUUUUCCUAGGGCAGUCAUUCAAUUGAAGAAAUUCAGUUGACUUAACAGCGCAAUCCUGGGCGGAGUUACCCCAAUCUAAGCCAAUUGAAAUGCAUGUGCUUAGACUGGCGUAACUCUAUCUAGGAUUGCACUGUUAUUUGUAUGGAUUUUAGGCUUGUGUAUAAGUUUGUACAGGAAUAAAACAAGCCCUCCUUGCCUCUGAAGAUGCCAACUAGAGAUGCGGGCAAAACGUUAAGAGCAAAAACCACCAGUCCACAGCCACGCAGCCCAGAAAAUCCAUCACAGCCCCCUCCCCCAAAUUGUUUUUUAAACAAUGCACGUUGCUGCUUUUAUAAUAUAAAAGGAAGCAAUCUUUCAUGGGAAGGCUGAGGGAGGAAUUCAAUUUCACAGAUGCAAUCCGCUCCCCAUGACUUUCUUGUGUACUUGCAUUAUAGAUCAGCUCUUUAAAUAAAAGCAAAAUUAAAAAAAUAUAUCUUUGCUGCCCAAUUAACCAGGAUCAUUUUUAAGGUGAUCCAAAGAUUCUUGAUCAACUGACCCCCCCACCCCACCCCACCCCUCAGUUCUGCUGAUCAGUGAUGCGUACCAUUUGGUUAUUGAAAAACAGAUAGAAGAACAGGGUAGAAAUAUUAUGAAUAAGUUAGGGUGCAUGGAAUCUCUAACUCUCUCUUUCUCUCAUUCUGUUCUAGCUUUUAACAAGUUAAAUAAUUCAGCUAAGUCGGUUAAAAGUCAGGCAGUAUUAAUUUAUAGUAAAACGUAGAGAUUUGACGCAGCGUUUUCCACACGAGUUCUGAUGACCCCGGAGGUUGUUUGGGAUAACGGGGUUUGGGAUAACGGGGUUUCUUAGAUUGUCUCUUUUUUAAUUCCCAACCACCCCGGGCCAAUUUUUGGUAUUUUGGAUAUGAUGUUCCCAAAACAUCUUGGUAUCCAGACUAUUUUUGAAAAGAGAAAAUGGUAUACUUUUUAAAGAGACUUGUGGUUUUUUAUAUGAUGGAGAUAAAAUUUUCUUAUUGCGUUUUGGAACAUGUGUACUAGGGUUGCCAACUCUAGCUUGGGAAAUUCCUGGAGAUACUGGGGUAGGAUUUGGGGAAGGGGAGGGAUCUCGGUGGGGUACACUACCAUAACCCCCCCCCCCCAGCCAUUUUCUCCGAGGCAGAACUGAUCUCUGUCGUCUGGCUAUCAGCUGUAAUUCCAAGAGGCUCCAGGCCUCACCUGGGGAUUGGCAACCCUACGUUAAUCCCUUCCUAAUUCCAGGGAGGGCGGAGUUUGAAUGUAAUUCAGUGUAAAAGAUGUUGAAUGUAAUGCAGUAUUCUCUGGGAUCUCUCUUGCCCUUCGCGGAACUGGUUUUAGGGGUUCUGGCUUUUCCUCUGCUCGAUGGCAAAGAAGGCCCCGAGUCUGUAGCUUCCUUCCCCCGAUGUUUUGCACAAACUUUGUCGCCUCCUUAGCAUGGUGCUUCUGUGCUCAUGGGGUUUCCUUAUUCACUUGAAUGGAGACGAAUCCCGUAAUGCGUCCAAAGCUGCCCUCCCCACCGAAACAAACAGGACGCUAAAUAGGUCGCACUAAGCUUGUUGGAGAAAAUGGGAGUGAGUUUUGUGGAGUAAUGGAGUUCCACGUGCUCAUCAAGAGAUCCUAAAUCUUCAAGAGAUCCCCAUUGAGGUGACUGUAGAACCAGAACAGAAACAUGGAGCUGGAAGGAACCUCAAAGGUCAUCCAGUCCAAUCCCCUGCCAGGGGCGUACCGGACAGGGGGACACAUGGAGUCAAACGUCCCUGGGCUGCGGCCGUUUAGUCACGUGGGGGUUGGAAAAUCACCCCCACGCCCCUCCUCCUUCUAUACACCGACUUCCAGGCCUGAUGCAAAAAAAGUUGUUUGGUCUUGGUGGGGGAGGGUGGCCGCCCAUACGGGGGGGGCGGGGGCUCAGAUUUUGCACCGGGCUACAUUUUCCCUAGCUACGCCUCUGCCCCCCCGCACAAAGUCGCCCAGCGACUCAUCUUUUCCUGCCUCAGAUCGUAAUCGAUAGGAUUUAAAUCGAGGCGAUUUUCAAACUCGUUCCCCAAAAGG